AUGCACGCAAUUGCGCGUAAGCCUGUCGGCACACCUUUUAUGUUGUUUGCUUUGGAGUUUAACAACCCGCCGGUUGUCACCGCACUGCCUGCGACCGGAACUAACAUUUUCGACGGUCUUAAGCACGCCACCGAGACCCUUCACACGUUCAGCGUCACCGAUAGCGACGACGCCGUUAACUGCUCUGCAAGAGUGCCGGAAAACGCCCUUUUUGAAGUGAUUGCCGGUGUCGCAUCAAGGUUUACAAUUAACGUAAAGGCGGGGGUAACGGUAAGAGCAGCGAACGGACAUUACGUCAGCAACGUCGACUGCUCAGAUGGCGACAAUGACGUCACUGCGACGUUCACACAACCAGUGAUUGAUACGCCGCCGAGUUUUGUAUCCGGGAUCCCCGGAAGUUCCCCUAACGUCUCUGACUCCACUGUCACACAGAUGUUACUCGGGAAGUUUACAACUACCGACCCGGAUACGGCGUGUUCUGUGACGUCACCAUCCACCACCGUGUAUGAGAUCAGAAAUGUGACGUCACCGGUGAAUGUUUCUCAACCAGAAUUUGAAGUCAGGAUCUCUAGCACCGUGACUGAAGCUGCCAUCGACUUCAACGACCAGGCCGUGCCGUUGACGUUAACGAUACGGUGUACUGACGGCAACCCCGUCAACGUCAUCACCGGGACUUUCAACGUCAAUAUCGUUGAUGAGGACCCAGUUCUAACGUCGUUUCCUAUGACGUCAUAUCAGUUCCUAGAAGACACUUCCGUUUCCGCUCUGGAGCUAAACUCAUUCAGCCUUAAAGUUUCUGAUGACGUCAUAUCUGCUUGA